ACAAGGCCCCAAAAAUUGAUUGGACUAGACCUCUUCAAUGCCGAUUGGAAGGGGAUGUUGCCACUGGGGAUGGUGUUCAGCGUCAUUUUUUCAGCAUGGUGAUGCACAAGCUGCAGAAUGGAUUCCUCUUUAAUGUUGGAAAUGGAAAUGGAACUGCAUUAUUUGAAGGGCAAGCAGACCACCUUAUUCCAUCUACUUCCCAAGUCCUUUUGCAGAGUGACUUGUUUGUGAUGGCAGGCAGGAUUAUUGGUCAUUCUUUCCUCCAUGGUGGGCCUUCAUUAGCAGGUGUAAGCCCAGCCAUUGUGCAUGUAUUAUUAGGUGGCUCCCCACAGACGGCAACCAUCACAAUUGAAGAUGUGGCUGACAUCGACAUUAGGGAGACAAUACAGAUGCUUGCUGUCUGUGAUUCAAAUAAUGAUUUUACUGAGGAUCAAAAGGCAGCCAUUAACCAGCUGGCAAUGUCUUGGGACCUUCCAGUGUUGACUACAACUAACCGCACUUGGCUGUUACACAAUCUUCUUCAGCAUGCGGUGCUGACAAGAACUUGGCGACAAGUAAAACAGCUCAGACAAGGACUGAAGGAGUCAAUGGUAUGGCAUUUAUUGGAGGCCCGACCUGAUGUGGCAUCUGUGGUUUUUCCAAGACAGUCAAUGGCUGACUGCAGUACACAGGUUCUCUUAAACAACAUCAUCUGGCCCAUGGAAGAAGAAGAGGGGGAUAAUGAACCCCCAUUUACCACCCAAUGCAGAAUUUCAGGGUACCUUAGGCAGUUUGUGGAGACUGGUAUGUUGUUUUUGUACUUUCCUAAUAGCAAAACUAGCCAUUGAGCUGCCUGGUGCUGAUACAAAUCCAUUACAGACAAAUCUUUUCUGUUUGCCUUAUUGAAGAAUAUUUAUCUUUACAUUAACUUCCAUAUAUAUUGUAAAAUUUGGUUUAAUAACUUGUCUUCUGUUCUUCAUAUGUCUGCUCCAUUUCAGCUGAUCAAUGUAAAUUGAAACAGCUGGUCAAAUUCUGGGUGGGCUGGGAGCUGCCAAUGAAGGACAUGCAGGUGAAAGUGGUGCAGGCAGAACACCCUACAUCCUCCACCUGUUUUUGCAUUCUUCGUCUUACCAGCUCAUUACACAACCUAUGACCAAUUCAAAAAACACCUAGAAAGCUGUAUUGCCACUAGUAAUGUUGGUUUUGGACUUGUAUAAAACUACAUGAACUGCUUUAAACUGAAAAUAUUAAAGUGAAACGGUAAUUUCAGAUAUUAAGACAUUUUCAUGUUUUGUUUUACUGCAAAUGUCAAAAUUGGUAAAAGGAACCGUUUUAGAAUGUUUUGAUGUUGCAGUGUUUUACAUAUUAUGAUGCUUUUGUGUAAUAUUAAAUGACCCAAACUGUUUCUAUUAAUG